CAACCGACAACUUAACAUUUAUAUUUAUUGUUUAUUUUUAUAUAUUUUUAAUUUCAACAUGCUGCAGCUCAAGCCGUUUGAGGAACAGUUUUGCAGCUUGGCCAAGAGCUAUGAACUAUUGCGGGACUCUUGCCCCAGCGCCACACUCAGCUUGGAUAACUUUUAUCCCAUGCUGCACUGGAUGCUGCUGCUACUCUGCCUCUAUGGCGUGCUACGCAGCUUAAUCGAUUUGCUGCAGCUUUCUAAGCGCGACAAGCUCAAAUGUUAUUACAUUUUCUCAGCAGCAACAGCAACAUUCUUAGGCGUGACCAUGGGCUUCUUUGACUUGCAUCUCUGGCUAAUGCUCACCUAUGCGACUAUCAAUGUUGCGCCGUUUUAUAUGUGGCCCUGGCUAGUCUAUCAAACCAUAAGCGCCGCGUGUGCAAUGUUCCAGUUGCUGUCAGUUGUACUCUGGGGCCAUUCGGAGCAUAAGAUGUCACAAGCUGUUGAUCUAUCGACUACGCUAGCGUUCAUUAGCUAUGUUUACUUUAGCAAAAGAAUGAUUGACCUAAUGUUGAACCAGCAUACAGCUGAGGUGCUUAUGCUUUGGCGCGCACAAAAUUAAAUGCGCAGGCUGCAUGACUUUUAAAAUUUGUAGGUCAGCAAAUCGUUGCUGUAUCAGAGUAAUAGUGUUGAUUAGGAAAGUAAAUUAUUGCAUAAAUAUAAAAUAAA